AUGAUUAUCAAAUUUUCAGACCUUAAUAUUCAAAAUGGCGGCCGUGGUGCGCUAUUGAAAUUUCACGCUUUUUAUCAUUUUUUUUUUUCGUGUUUCGUCUUUUUUUUUGGUACAGCGAACUAAAUUAUAUGUUUUUCAAUGUAAAAUUUUCCGCUGAACACGAUCCCGGUGUCAGAAUUGCCACAUGA